AUGCAUCCCAUUCCCAUUCCCAUUCCCAAUCUCAAUCCCACUCCCAAUCUCAAUCCCGAUCUCAAUCCCAAUUCCAUAUUUGGAACAACCUAUUCCCAGCCCAACUAUAAUGUUCCAUAUGGCAGCGCACAAGCUCUUGCUCCGUCCUCGUGGCAACAAGGUCCCGACCCUCAGGCACAGUCAACAUGGCAACAAGGUCCAUAUCCUCAAACUCAAUCCACGUGGCAACAAGGUCCUUAUUCUCAAGCUCAGUCCACAUGGCAACAAGGUCCUUAUCAAAGUCCUUACCCUUCGACUCAGUCCACGUGGCAACAAGGUCCUUACCAAGUUCCUGACCCUUCGGCUCAAUCCACAUGGCAACAAGGUCCUUACCCUCAAGCUCAGUCCAUGUGGCAACAAGGUCAUUACCAAGGUCCUGACCCUCCGGCUCAAUCCACAUGGCAACAAGGUCCUUCCCCUCAAGCUCAAUCCACAUGGCAACAAGGUCAUUACCAAAGUCCUGACCCACCGGCUCAAUCCACAUGGCAACAAGGUUCUUAUCAAAGUCCUUACCCUCAAGCUGAGUCCACGUGGCAACAAGGUCAUUACCCUCCCAUACUUGGAGGUGGAAGCCACUCUCAAGCUCAAUCAACUUGGCAGUCAAAUCCAUAUCCUCAAUCUCAGUCCAUAAUUGGAAGUGAAAGCAACUCCCAAACCCAAUCCAUACCUCAGGCUCAGCCAAGUGCACCUUCAGAAGGAGGCCCAUCCUUGCAGAUCAAAAAAAAAAUACCUCUUGCCAGAAUCAAUAUUGAUGAAGAAACAUUUCCUUAUUUUCCAAAAGUGAUUAUUAGGAAGGUUGAAAGAGUCGUGGAUCCAGACAGCGAGAGCUCUUCAGUGUGCUGCGCGUGCAGGCAGCGCAUCUUCUCAACUCCCUCAAUAACAUUCUCCCGGGGCAACGAAGAAAAUCUUUUCCUGCACGAACAAUGCACCACUCUUCCACUCCAAUAUCUCCACGAGCUUCACCCACACCACCCCCUUCUCCUCAUCAACCACCUCUUGCUCCCUCCUCUUCAACCUACUGAAUUUACUUGCCAUAACUGCAACCAAAUUUGUGGGACUUCCUUCUAUCAAUGUUCUCACCUUAGCUGCAAUUAUCGACUCGACCUGUUGUGCGUUUUGCAGCUCAAGAUCAAGCACAGAAGCCACAAGCACGCCUUGACGCUCAUCAGGCUAAAGGACUCUUGCUCUUUAACCUGUGGCGCAUGCAACAGUAAGCACGAGUCGGAAUCAGAGCCAGAGACGGAUCCAGAGAAGGAGAAGCUCACCCUGUCCUAUUUAUGCAGCCUCUGCGGCUACUGGAUUCAUCCAGAUUGUGCUUCAUUACUCAAUGCCCUCCAUUAUAAACAUCACCGACAUUCUCUUUUUCUCAUCUAUAAUCUCCCUACUUCACCUCAUUCCAAAUGCUUCAUCUGUUUUCAACUUCAUAAGGCUACCUCAGGGGUUUUUGUUUGUCUCAAAUGUACUAAUUAUCUUGUUCACAUCAACUGCGCCGUCCAAGAUCCCCAUACUUUCAAGCCAGUGCUUAUGCGAGAUGCAAAAGCCUGCGACUUAGGCCGUUUGCCAAUGGCAAACGAACACACGAGUCUGAUUCCCUAUAUUAGACAUGAUAUUAGCAGUGAUGGUGAUGGUGACGAUGACGACGGUGGAGACAGUGAUCCAUCUAAAAUCCAUGAACAUCCAUUGAUAUUCCAUGAAAGUGAGGAUGAGAAGCAGUCUUACCGCCGCGUAUGCAAUGCAUGCGUCCAAUACAUUUCUCCCCCAUUCUACCGCUGCUCUGAAUGUCCAGACUUCUUUCUCCACGAAUGCUGCGCUCGUCUUCCAGCGCUAAUCACGCACCCUGCCCACGCAGAGCACAUUCUCGUGCUCCACUCCAAAGCGCCCAAAACCGGCUUCUCCUGCAGGGGUUGCCAUCUACGCUGCAAUGGAUUCGCAUAUUCUUGCGAAACCUGUGAUGACUUCACGUUAGAUGUUGUCUGCGGCCUCAUCAACCCUGCGAUAACACACGAACCACACAAGAGCACCCACAUUCUCUUCAUGUCUCGCAGCAUGAUCAUCGAUGACAAGUGCAGCUGCUGCAAUUCCAUCUUGAAUGGGAUCUGCUACGAGUGCAGCAGCUGUCCUAGCUUCAAGCUACAUGUCAGAUGCGCCCUUCUCCCCAAAACUGUUAGCCACGACUAUGACCAGCACCCUCUCCGGCUGACUACAAAAGCCCCGGGAGGAGGCGCCAAUGGUGCUGGUGAGUUCUUCUGUGAGGUCUGUGAAGAACGUAUCGACAUAGAGCAGUGGAACUACAGUUGCAGCGAGUGCGAUCAGUGGUUCCACGUUGAUUGCAUUCCCUCUGUCGAUCAGCUUUCUCGGAUCAAGUUGGGUUCUCGUGUUCGUGUGGACGUCCAUGGCUGCCCCGUCGCACUGGUUCGACGGGAUGAUUCUGGUUGCAUCAGCCGCAAGUGCGGAUCUUGUCGGGAAACAUUGAGGUUGGGUGAUGAUGGUCUGGCUUAUGAGUGCUGCGACUGUUUCUUCGGCUUGCACCAAAACUGUGCCAACAAGCAUUUCUUCUAGAGUUGAAAAUGAGUCAUCUAGUUUCUAUUUCUAUACUUCUUAGAUUCAUAUGACCACGUCGUGAUACGACAAAUAUUUUAGAAUUGCUUUCAUAUGCAUAAAUGUGACACAAUCAGUGAUGUGUAUAGAUAUUAGAUAC